UCAGAGCUGUGUCAUGACUCUUGGAAACUUUGUAUCAUCCUCCAAUGUACUUAUCAUUCUUAUCACCACCCUUUCUGUUUUGCACCCGAAGCAUCGGCUGCCUAUAUUAUCACGUCCCUGACAAUAAACGUUGUUCACAACCCAGCAUGUCUCCGUUCGGACGCGUCGUAGCAGUGGCGACGAGAACGAAUCAACGCGGGUAGUGGCGUAUUGCCACCCUGGGUAAAGCAUGGCGUAUCAAGUACCGCAGUUCGACGAUGGGAAAGACAAGUGGGCCUCGUACACCAUCCGGAUUGAAUCGUACAUCGAAGGAAACGAAAUCAAGGAGGACGCCAAGAAAAGAGCCCUGCUGGUGUCCGCCCUCGGGUCAAGAACAAUUGAAGUACUGAGUGGCCGAUGUGCUCCAAGGAAGGUGAGCGAAUUAACCUAUAAAGAGGUCGUGACAAUUCUAGAAGAUUUCUACGCGCCACCACCAAACGAAAUAGCAGAAAGUUUCAAGUUUUAUCACCGGACCCAGAAAGAGGGAGAGUCGGCGCAAGAGUUUAUCGUGCAACUCCGACGCAUAGCUGACAAAUGUAAUUUUGGAAACAUGCUAGACCGGAUGAUUCGAGACAGAAUUGUGUGCGGCAUUCGAGAUACGGAUGUUCAGAAGCUGCUGCUGGCACAGCCGAAGCUGACAUUGCAAGAAACUGAAAGAAUCGUGCGAGCCGCUGAAGCAGCCACGCAAGGCGCGCAAGAAAUUAAGCAACCGGAGCCGGCAGAGGAACCAGCCCCAGCCUUGAACGCGCUCACCGAAAAAAUGCGAAGAUUCAACUUCAGGAAAACAGAUAAAGGUUCUCGCGUGCAGGCUAACUUGUGCGGAAGAUGCGAAAACGCAGCGCACGGAACAGAAACAUGCCGGUUCAUGAACAUGAAGUGCUUCCAGUGUGGAAAGAAAGGUCAUGCAGUCCGAAUGUGUCGCACGGAAACCAAGAAACAAGCCAAAGCUUGUGCGAUACACGGAAACGAAGCCAGCAGCGAUGAGAGCGACAUGUCACUGCAGCUGUUGACCUUGAAGUCGUAUCUCUCAACAGACGAACAGUUGGUUGCACCUGUGCGCAGGAAAUUUUGUUGGGGUGGCGCCGACAUCGUCAUGGAGGUGGAUACAGGUUCGCCGGUCUGCGUAAUCUCAAGGGACGUAUAUGACAGGCACUGCCAUGGCUGGCCGAAGAUGGAACGUUCAAGACUGAAGUUGUCAUGCUACCUGGGAAAGCUGCCGGUGGCUGGUAAGCUUACGCUUGCCGUCAAGUAUUGUGACCAAGAGGUGACGGCGACACUGACAAUCCUAGACUGCGCAGGUCCACGUUUAUGUGGACGCGACUUAAUACAAAAGUUGAACUGUCUUGGAACACCUGUUUUGAAGUUAACGGCGGCAACCGAAACCGCGCAGGACGUCGAGCUGAAAGAACUACUGUCAGAAUACGAGGAGUUGUUCGGUGACGGACUGGGUUUGCUCAAAGGCCCGCCAGCGCAUCUAUAUGUGAAAGAAGGAACUGCACCCAAGUUUUUCAAGGCCAGGCCUCUGCCAUACGCCAUGCGUGACAAAGUGUCUAAUGAACUGGACAGACUUGUCGAAAACGGUGUUAUCUCUGCGGUUCCUCACGCGGACUGGGCAACACCAAUUGUCCCUGUCCUAAAAAAGGAUGGGACCAUAAGAAUUUGCGGCGAUAUUAAGUUGACCGUGAACUCAGCCUGCUGCACCGAGCAAUAUCCACUCCCCGUAAUCGACGACCUGUUCGCGGCACUCAAUGGGGGCGACAGGUACAGUACGUUGGACCUUCGAGAUGCGUACAAUCAAGUGCCACUCGAUGACGAAUCCAAGAAGUUAACCGUCAUCAACACGCACCGUGGUCUCUUCUGUUUCAACCGGCUGCCAUUCGGUUUUUCUUCCGCACCCGCUAUCUUCCAGCGCAAGAUGGAGAGCCUGCUGCGAGGAAUACACGACGUACAAGCGUAUCUCGAUGACGUCAUUGUCUCGGAGAGAAGAAAGGAAGACAGGAGCGUGCUCAAGCAGGUGCUGCAGCGUUUCAAGGAGAACGGAGUCAAGCUGCACAGAGGGAAGUGUAACUUCUGGCAGGACGAAGUCUGCUAUCUCGGGCACCGCAUCAACAAGGACGGCCUACACCCUACGGAAAAGAACCUGGCGGCUAUAAUGGAAGCAAGGAGCCCGAAGAACGAAGUUGGAACUCACCGUAGCCCAGGGUUUGCUCUACUGGGGGCACCGGGUCGUCGUGCCACAGACAGCACGUGGAGCGAUGCUAAAAAUGCUGCACGAGACCCAUCAAGGACCAUCGGCGAUGAAGGCGGUCGCGCGGACACUUCUUUGGUGGCCAGGGCUCGAUGGAACCCCGUAGCAAGCUGUGGCCCGGAGAUCCAGUUUGGGCCCGGAACUUCGGAGAAGGAGAAAGGUGGUUGCCAGGGACGGUAACUACAACGACCGCAGCAAGGAUGGUCUCAGUGGACACACCGUCGGGAGAAGUCCGACGUCACAUUGACCAGAUCCGUUUUCGAGAGCCGCUGGCACUCAAAGUACCAGGGACAGCGGCAAAGACAACGCAAGGCGCUCGACAAGAUGCAGUACCAGAUACAACACCUGCAGAACCAACCAUCAGCACCACCCAGCCGCCAGAGUUGCGAAGGUCAACCAGAGAAAGGAAGCCUGUAGAUCGCUAUAGACCCUAGGGGGAAGGAAUGCUGUAUCAGAGCUGUGUCAUGACUCUUGGAAACUUUGUAUCAUCCUCCAAUGUACUUAUCAUUCUUAUCACCACCCUUUCUGUUUUGCACCCGAAGCAUCCGCUGCCUAUAUUAUCACGUCCCUGACAAUAAACGUUGUUCACAACCC